GCGGCUGCCGCAGGCCGGCCGGCUGGCUCGGCGGGAGCAGGCAGGAUGGCCGGCGUCGCCCUGUACCUGGUCUCUACGCUGGGCGGCUACCUCCUCACCUCGGCGCUGCUGCUCAAAUGCCCGGGACUGCUGCACCGGCCUAAGCGGCAGCGCUUCCGCUGCCGGCACAUCUCCCACCGCGGCGGUGCUGGAGAGAACCUGGAAAACACAAUGGCAGCUUUUCACCAUGCAGUUAAUGUGGGGACAGAUAUGUUGGAGCUAGACUGUCAUCUGACAAAAGACGAACAAGUAGUGAUAUCGCAUGACGAGAAUCUGAAGAGAGCAACUGGAGUUGACAUCAGUAUAUCUGACCUCAAGUACUCGGAACUCCCACCAUAUCUGUGCAAAUUGGAUGUCACCUUUCAGAAAGAAUGCCACUGUGAGGGUGAAGACAAUCGCCUUCCACUGCUGAAGGAGGUGUUUGAGGCAUUUCCAAAUACUCCAGUCAACAUUGACAUCAAAGUGAACAACAAUGUGCUGAUUAAAAAGGUUUCAGAGUUGGUGAGCCAGUACAAACGAGAACAUUUGACAGUGUGGGGCAAUGUCAAUUAUGAGAUUGUGGAGAAGUGUCAUAAAGAGAAUGCUGAUAUUCCUAUCCUUUUCUGUUUGAAACGUGUCCUGCUUCUUGUUGGCUUGUUUUACACUGGUCUGCUGCCAUUCAUUCCCAUCAGGGAGGAAUUCUUAGAAAUUCCUAUGCCCUCAAUCAUCCUGAAGCUGAAAGAACCAGAGAAGAUGACAAGAAGCCAAAAAUUUGUUAUCUGGCUUGCUGAUGUAUUGUUAAUGAGGAAAGCAUUGUUUGAUCACCUCACUGCUCGGGGCAUUCAGGUGUAUAUUUGGGUACUGAAUGAAGAACAAGAAUAUAAGAGAGCAUUUGAUUUGGGAGCAACUGGAGUGAUGACGGACUAUCCAACAAAGCUCAAGGAGUUUUUACACAAUUAUUCAGCAUGAAGGGGGGAGGGGGGGAAAUCAAGCAAGACAUUACAAAGUGGACAGAGUGAGCCAAGGAUUUCGUUCCUUCAUCAGAAUUUUUUAGCACUAUAUAGAUAAAUCACUUGUCCAAUGGUGAAAGAUGUAAUUAGCUUGGUUAUGUUACCUCAAAUCAUUACAUGAUGUAGAGAUUGUAUAUAGUUCUAUUUAUUUAAAAUUUUAAUUGCAUAGUUUACAUUUGUAAAUAGAUUGUUUAGCAAGAGUACACUAUCCUAAUGGUGAUGUAUAGAAAGAAGGCGGUGGAUAAGGGUACUUGUAAAUAAUAUGCAGUAUUUUACCAGUCACAAAUUCCGAGCAUUCCAGUCAAAUGCUGUUGGGUAGAGAUUAAUGGCUGGCACUGUGUCAUUGUAAUUACAUCUCAUUGAUUGAGCUGGCUGUUGAUUUCCAGGUAAUCUGCAUUGAGGAAAAGAAACUAGCACACAGGAAAAGUAAGACAUUGGAUCUGUGGAUAUCUGGACAGAUUACCCUGCAAAGUGUAGUCAGUAAAGGUAGUAACUUACAGUAAUGUAUUUUGACUAAAACUAAAUCCUUAGACCAACAUAGGUUUACUUAAUUGCUUUUAUUAAUGAGAAUGUUGGAGUUAGUCUCCGGCUGUAAUUUGGACCUCUUUUUGGUGUAAUAAUAUCAAGUUCAGUCUAUAAAUCAUAGUAUUUUUAGAAUCUAGCCCUCCUUUCUGGAAUUAUCAUAUUGUUAUGUUAUUUUUUUUUUAAAGUUACUUAUUGUUGACACGGGCUGCAAUCUUUUUUGUCUAAAUCUGAAUUUAUAAAGCAAUUUUACUGCUUUAAAAUUAAAAAAGGUAGUUGUUUCCAGACUUGUUGUAUAAAUUGCAUAUAUUUGUAUAUCUUCAUUAAUUAGUUUAGGUUAAACUUGAAAGGUGCUAAAGAUGAAAAAUCCACAAAAGGAUUCAUUUCUCAGCUUUCUUUCAGUAUAACUAAAGAUCAUUUUUUUAAUAAUCUUUACCACAAUCAGAACCCUAUAGUUCUGGCUGGAGGUACCGUAGGGCUAAUCUGGAAUGAAUAACAGACUAAGUGUAGCUCACUUGGUAGAUAAUGCCCACAAUGCUACCUUGGCAAUUCGUUAGCCAGUUUUCCAGAAAAGGAGGGUUGCGCUUACCACUGAUUGAGGAAAACAGAAAUCAGUUCUGUGUUUAAAGUAAUCUUUACAAAGGGAAAAUUAAUGUUUAGAUUUUUUUCUUUUUUUCACUCCUGUAGUUCCAAAAGAGUUUGGAGAUAUUUUUAAAACUGCUGUUGAUGCCUAAUGUGAGCCAAGGGCCUCUUGGAGAGGAAUGUUGGUAGCAGAGGAAUUCUGAGAUACUUUAAUCUCGCUUUCUACACCAAUUUUGUUGAAUAUAUCUGCACAAAGACUUAGCACAGGAAUGAAAUGCUUGACUGAGAUGUUAAGGCACAAUCUCCAUUGGGUUGAUGGAUUGGAAAUCGUAUUUAAUGUGAGGAACCAAAGAUGAGACCAAAGAUUGGUCUGGGGACUUGGGAACAAUGAAGAAAACAGCCUUUAAAAAUAAUUUACCAAGAAGGACAAAUAUACAUUUUAAUGUGUAUUAUGAACCACUGGGUCAGCACUUGUUGUGUACAAUCCUUUAAACAGAUUUACUUAAUUGUCCUGCCUCUUCAAAAACAAAACACCCUUCCCUCCCUCCCCCCCCCCCCCCCCCCCCCCCCCCACCUUGCAAUACAUAUCUUGACAAUCAGAGUGGCAGUGGUUUGUAUUAGCUCUGUCUCAUCUUUAAGGGGAUUUUUUUCUCGAACCAAAAAUAAUAAAUUCAUUACACAUGAAAUUUAGACAUGCGCACUGAUGAAAUAAUGUUACUAGGAAAAGCCAGGAAAUCUAGAGUAUCGAGGGAAGGAGAUUGCCCUAGAAAUGCACACUCUCUCUUCCCGUUAUCACCAGCAGGAGUUGCAUCUGUAGGUCAAAUAAAGAUUGGAGCUUCUGAUUUC